AUGAAGAGCGGGCGCUCCUCUUGUCCGAACUCUCGUACCGGUACUCCUUCCGGUGCUAGAGGUAUUCAAAGGGCACCUAGAAAUGGUAGUAGCCCCCCGAAGAACGAUACCCACCAAGAUGAAAGACCAAGGAGUCGAGGUUACAUCUCUAGCAAUUUAUAUGAAGAAAAGAGUAGCGUAUCAAUGAACGACUCUCUACCUCAUCCCGGGAAAAGAUCCAAAGAAGUUGAUUUAAACAUCGAAAAUCCGACUUCUCCUUAUGUUCCACGGUCCCGCCGUUCUCGAGAGUUUGGGAGGGAAAAUAACCCCAGCCGCUUGAUUCACUACACGCUGCCUUCCGAUAUCGCGGCCGAUAGCAGUAAAACAACGGAAUCCUCGUCAAUACCAGCUAGUCAAAGCUCUCUAGUAAUCACGAAUCCCGCCAGUAAGGAUUCUAAACAUGUCAAAAAACAAAAAGGAAAUAGUUUCAAGUCCAACGGCGAGUUUCUUACCAAGACGCUCGAUGGAAUGGAGCGAUGGCUGUUGAAAAACGAGAGCAGCUUUUCUGCAGGCGACCUUGCGGCUUUGUCCUCGGAGAAAGAAGGGUUGGAAGAAGAGUCCCCGUUAGAGCAGCUGCUUAAUUGUGCUUUACAAAUAUACCAUUGGGGACGAACUCGUGGAGACUCGGAUGCCAUUGUUUGGAAAGAUCACCCCUCGGAUGUCAGAAAAGCUUUUAAUUCCGCUAUCCUCGAAUUAGGAUCAAGUAAUUCUGGGAAACCAAACUAUAAAUCCCAGGACGAAUUGAUUUUGCGCAUGAGGUACAAUCCUUCGCGCUUGUAUUCGAGUUCACAGCCAAAGGACGGUAUACAAAAUAUCUACGUUCAAGAAUACACCGUCUCUAAAGAAAACACCUCAUAUACUGCCCCACUAAAGCCCAGGAAUCUUCUUAACCCGCUAGUAGGAGAUGGAGUCACCGCAAAUCCAUAUAGCUGUUUAGCCGAGGGGAAACUACCCGGCUCUUCAAACGAAUUGCUAGUGCCAUCUCUAUCCUCGAACGUAAAAUCUGGUGGGGGGAAAUUCUGGGACCUUUUAAACUCUUUAGAAUCAAGUUCGGACCCGAAGAGCCCGUUGCACUGGUACCGGAAUGCGGUACAAGGCAAAAGUAAGGAAGACGAAAACUCGAUAUCGUCGCGAUCAAGCCCGCAAGCUUCCAAGGAGUCCACCUUGUAUCGAGCACAGAACUAUCCCGGAGUAACAAACUCUAUGGAUUUAUCUGCAGGGUGUUUUCUAUCAUGUCCAAGCCUUGACUCGAUGUCGGAAAUAACCUGUUCGAAGCCAUCUACCCAAGGCCCUGUAUUUUCGAGACCUCGCCCCGCUCAGUAUUCUCUUGGCUAUCACUCCUCAGAUAGCCUAGAUGAAAUCGACGACGACGAAGAAUUGGGGAAACUCAGCGCCUCGCUUUUAUAUCUUGUUUAUUUAGGGUUGACCUACGAAAGGGGGUCAAAUUCUCGAUCUAGUGCUGGUGGUGGACCCAACGGCGGCUCAACAAGCGGAUAUAGUAGUGCACCUGGAGGGAGUGGAAACUCACCCGGGAAUUUACCUGCUUCAAGGUCUAGACAGACGAACCGGACUAAAAAGCACGGCAGAGGAGAUUCUGAUGAUGACGACGGUGGAAAAGGUUCAGAACCUCCCAAAAGGAAAAAGAAACUUAUGAGUGCACAGGAAAUCAAUCAGCGUUUAGCCUGCCCAUUUGCAAAGGGAGAUCCGACCACACAUGAAAGGUGCCUCUUUGUACACCGGCGGGAUUUACCGGGCGUAAGGUCAGUGAAGGAGCAUCUAUCGGAACAUUUGAAAAGAAACCACUUCAGUGGGACUGUUCCUCCAGAGAUUCGGCAGGCGCGAACAUGGUCACAAAUAUUCCUUGUUUGUAACCCAAAUUGGCCUAAUCAUCGUCCAAUUCCAUCCCCUCACCUUGAUGUUUCCCACAUUCACCCUUCGCCUCAAACGAACACGAUUUCUCCUGGAACUUUUGCUCUGAGCACGAGUGCGGUGUAUCCCUCGAUUGGAGACCGAUCACGGUCAAUUGCCCCUGUAGCGCCAACGAGUCGAACCCUUACUCAACGGGUCUUUCCAAGCUCUCCAACACCUGCACAAACCCCGAUGACGCUCUCCAGCCUAGCCACAAGUGUAAAUGAGAGUUUAGAAAAUUCACAAAAUCCCUUUUUCAUGCAAACCCCAGCGCCGCAAAUCCGCGACCUAGAACGCACAGGAUCACUAUUGCCCUCUAACACUAUACAAUCAUCCAUCGACAACCUGCUCGGUUUCGACAAUCUCAAUGAGUUUUUCCAGGAUUCGAUUGAAUGGCUUAAAUCUAAUGCAAUCACUAAUAUAUAUACUCAGUCAAUACCAGAUAGAAGAUCCAGUUCUCAUGAAUUCCUGGAUAGGGCUUCUACAGGCUCAUCUUCCUCCAAUGUUCCUGUUCAGAUACUCACUCCUCGAUCCUCCCUUGAGUCCCUAAGUGAUGUCAUAGUUCAGGAUAACGAAUUUGAUCAGUGGUUUGAAUUCCCGAAAUCUUACACGCCAACAGCUACUCCUCCAGUAUCAAUCCACAGAUCUAACUGCGGAAGAGAAGGAAAAUACCUGCUCCGCGUUGCUCGAAAACCCGCCUUGCCGAAAGGGACAUCUUCUGAAACUUCAAGUAGCAAGAAAUUCUACUUUGAUAACAUGGAAGAAUUCAAGGCAAAUUUCGAAAACUGGAUGAAAGCUCAGUUCUAUGACCCGGGGUUUUGCUGGGGGCUGUGGGAACUUGAAAAUCCUGGGAGACAGGAAAGGUUAUCUGAUAUGCAAGCGGUGGUCGACGAGUUGGAGUUCAUGUUGCUUGCAUACAGGUCGAACGAAGCCGCUCUGUUUUUAGUGGCGAAGCACUUACCUUAUUUAGACUAG